GUUGUUGCGAGCUACCAGUAGCGUGGAAAUUCCACACCUUUCGCUGUCUGUGAGGAAUUAAAGUCGAAUUUUUCUAAUGGUUUAUGCAGGACGGACUUUCGAUUUGAUAUCGCUCGGUGAGUAUCCUUCGUGUCUUCGGCGCUACGCGCAAUCCUGUAGACGUUGGAGAGCAGAGCAGCCGCGGGACCGUGGGGGAACGCGAAUGCGAACUUUCGUCUUUACUCGCUCUCGACUCACAGGACUUUCCUCUCCGCAGUCGCGCUUGAAUACUGUGAGCAUGCCGCAAGCCGUGGUUUUGGGCGGUCUGGUCACUGACCUGCUGACUUACGCCCCCAGGUUCCCUGUCGCGGGCGAAACUUUGGUGGCACAUGGGUUCCAGAUUGGGUUCGGAGGGAAAGGAGCGAACACGGCCUACAUGUGCGUCCAAUUGGGGUUGGAAACUGCGCUUCUGGCAAAGUUGGGUGAUGACCAGUUCGGGGAGAAUUACCUGAGGUAUCUGAAGACUGCCGGUAUGGACACGUCGCACGUGACUGUUCAGAAAAACUGUAAAACUUCUGCGUCCGUCAUUACUGUGACAGAUUCCGGUGAAAACACGAUUGUGUACUAUCCCGGAGCUGCGGACGAGCUCGUCGAAGAGGACGUGGACCGCGCUGAGCACCUAUUCCGCGGAGCCAAGGUGUUUGCCUCUGUUUUCGAAACGAAGUUGUGCAACGUCAAGCGAGGGGUCGAGAUCGCAAAGAGAAACGGACUCAUCACCUAUGUUAAUGCAGCCCCGAUAGUUCCGGACCCCUUCCCCGUAGAGAUGCUCCCUCAGAUCGAUUACUUGUGCCUUAACGAAGUCGAAGGUUCCGCACUAGUAUGCAAGCUUAAAGGAAUUCCCACCGAGUCACUCGAAGAGCAGGAGAUCGUGGACUAUCUUCUGCAACACGGUGGAAACACAAUCAUUCUGACGAGAGGAGCGAAGGGCGCGGCCUUCGCCACCGGUUACAGCCCACUGUCCCGAAAACUCAUUGGCCCGAAAUCUCAAUGGCCCGAAAAACCAUUGUCCCGAACGGUAUCUGUCCCGAAAACUCAUUGGCCCGAAAAAAUGAAAGCUCAGCGUUGCUUCUAUGCAGAGAUGUGCAUCUAGCACAUUCUUUUCG